AUGAGCUGGGCAUUUGUCCAAAAGGUGUCACCUCCAACGUGUUCCGCUUUAAUGUGUCCUCGGCAGAGAAGAACAGCACCAACUUAUUCCGGGCUGAGUUUCGGGUGCUGCGUGUGCCCAACCCAAGCUCCAAACGCAGUGAGCAGCGCAUUGAGCUCUUCCAGAUCCUCCGGCCGGAUGAGCACAUAGCGAAGCAGCGGUACCUGAGUGGCAGGAAUGUGCAGACACGGGGCUCCCCUGAGUGGCUGUCCUUUGAUGUCACCGAGACUGUGCGUGAGUGGCUGCUGCACAGAGAGUCCAACCUUGGCCUGGAAAUUAGCAUACACUGUCCUUGCCAUACUUUUCAGCCCAAUGGGGACAUCUUGGAGAAUUUGCAUGAGGUCCUGGAGAUCAAGUUCAAAGGCAUUGACAGUGAGGAUGACUAUGGCCGUGGGGACUUGGGGCGCCUGAAGAAGCAGAGAGACUUGCAUAAUCCCCACCUCAUCUUGAUGAUGUUACCACCACAUCGACUGGAGAGCCCAGUGUUGGGUGGCCAGAGAAAGAAGCGGGCCCUGGAUACCAACUACUGUUUCCGGAACCUGGAGGAGAACUGCUGUGUGCGUCCUCUGUACAUUGACUUCCGACAGGACCUUGGCUGGAAAUGGGUCCAUGAGCCUAAGGGCUACUUUGCUAACUUUUGUUCAGGCCCUUGUCCAUACCUCCGAAGUGCAGACACCACUCACAGCACGGUUCUAGGCUUAUACAACACGCUGAACCCUGAGGCAUCUGCUUCACCCUGCUGUGUUCCUCAGGACCUGGAGCCACUCACUAUCUUGUACUAUGUAGGAAGGACCCCCAAAGUGGAGCAGCUCUCCAAUAUGGUGGUGAAAUCCUGCAAGUGCAGCUGAAAGGCACCCUGGCCCGCCCAAAGCCAAGAGAAAAACUGUCAGCACCCACUCUCCUGCUCCCAGACUAACACAAAGAGAGCUGGGACUCAGAGACUACGCAUGCUGAGGGCCGAGUGCCAAACCCUGCGGCUUAGAGUCUGGCAGCCCUUGGGGAUCUCUUCUGGAACACUUCUUGGUCAUCUUGGCAGUGUAACGUUCCUUCUAGGAGUUACUUUGGUGACACAAAGGCCACACUCUCCAAAAUGGCUAGACAGUUGAUGUGGAAGAGAAGGAUAAGGUGGAGGAACUGCUGUGUGUUUGAGCUGGG